ACUCCUUCCUUAUCUUUGAAUCCCAAACUCCCUCCAUGACGAACUGAAAAAAAUGUUGCUUCCUCCAUCUCAACUUCCCACCUCCCCUCUCCCGCCAAAACUACUGACCCACCGAUCUCCUCCUCUCUUCUUCUUCUCUUCACCAUUUUCCACAACUCCCAAACCCCUCAAAUUCACAGUCCGAAGCUCCAACGCCGACGCUCAAACCUUGCUUCCUAAGUCCGCCAUCCAAAGAAUCUCCGAGAAGCUCCGCAGCCUCGGAUUCACCGACGAGAAUCCAAGUCCGGAGCCGGAGAGGUCCUCCGCCGGAGAAAUUUUCGUUCCGUUGCCGCACCGAUUGCCGAAGCAGAGGGUCGGCCACACGAUCGACGCCAGCUGGAGCUCGCCGGAGAAUCCGGUUCCGGAGCCGGGUUCGGGGACGGCGAUCAAGAGGUUUCGGGAGUUGAAGACCGAGGUGAGGAGGCAGAGGCGAGAAGAGAGGAAGGAAUCGGCGGCGAAUGCGAGGGAGGAGAGGGAGAGGGUUCCGACUUUGGCGGAGCUGAGGCUGCCGCCGGAGGAGCUGAGGAGGCUGAGGACGCUGGGGAUUGGGUUGAGGAAGAAGGUGAAGGUCGGGAAGGCCGGGAUUACGGAAGGGAUUGUGAAUGGGAUUCACGAGCGGUGGAGGCAGUCUGAGGUCGUCAAGAUCGAGUGUGAAGAUAUUUGUAGGAUGAACAUGAAGCGGACGCAUGAUUUAUUGGAGAAAAAAACCGGAGGCUUGGUUGUUUGGAGGUCUGGAAGUAAGAUAGUGUUAUAUAGAGGGAUAAAAUACAAAUACCCUUACUUUUUUGUGGGGAAAGACGCAUCUCACACCGCGACGUUACCGGUUCCAGACGUUGGAGAUGAAGAACAGAAUAAAACGGAUACUUCAUCUAGUAUAGAUGGAGUAGAAACUGUUGCUCCAACCCCCGGGAAUAAAUUGGUUCAACCAAGCUUAAUACAAGGUGUUGGCUUGCCAAAUAGAGUACGAUUUCAGCUGCCAGGGGAGGCGCAACUUGCAGAAGAAGCCGACCGCUUGUUAGAUGGGCUGGGUCCGCGUUUUACUGAUUGGUGGGGAUAUGAUCCUCAGCCUGUGGAUGCUGAUCUUCUACGCCCGAUUGUUCAUGGAUACAGAAGACCCUUUCGCCUUCUUCCCUAUGGCGUGCUGCCUAAACUAACAGAUGAUGAAAUGACCACAUUAAGGAGGCUUGCUCGGCCCUUGCCAUGCCAUUUUGCCUUGGGCCGAAAUAGGAAUCUUCAAGGAUUGGCUUCUUCCGUUGUCAAACUAUGGGAAAAAUGCGAGGUCGCCAAGAUUGCUAUCAAGAGAGGGGUGCAGAACACUAAUAGUGAAAUGAUGGCGGAAGAGUUAAAGAGUUUGACUGGAGGAACUCUUCUUGCUCGAGAUAGGGAAUUUAUUGUCCUUUAUAGAGGGAAGGAUUUUCUGCCGUCUGCAGUUUCUUCUGCAAUAGAAGAACGGAGGAAGUAUGUAAUACAAGCAAAGAAACUGAAGACAGAGCAUCAAACAUCAGUCAAAACUGAACAGGAUCAACUUGGGAGUGUAGUGUGUGGUGCUAGUGAAUUGAGAGAGAUUAAUGGCCACAAAAAGAGGCUCCCAUCUGAACAGAGAAAGCCAAGUGUUGCUGAAACGUCUGUUAAAGGGACUAGUAUCAAAUUGUCUAUGGCCUUAGAAAAGAAAGCAAAAGCAGAGCAACUUUUAGCGGAGUUGGAAAAGGCAGAGAGCCGCCAACAACCUGAAAUAGAUAAAGAGGGCAUAACCAAAGAGGAAAGAUAUAUGCUGAGGAAGAUUGGUUUGAGAAUGAAGCCUUUCCUACUCCUGGGUAGACGGGGUGUCUUUGAUGGAACAAUUGAGAACAUGCAUCUUCAUUGGAAAUACAGGGAACUUGUAAAGGUUAUAUCUAAUGAGAAAAGCAUUGAAGCUGUUCACCAAGUAGCACAGACUCUAGAGGCAGAAAGUGGUGGGAUAUUAGUGGCAGUGGAAAGAGAGAGUAAAGGUUAUGCAAUCAUUGUCUAUCGUGGAAAAAAUUACGAGCGGCCUGCUUCUUUGAGGCCUCAAACGCUUCUGACUAAAAGGGCAGCAAUGAAACGCUCUAUUGAGGCACAGCGUCGUCAGUCCCUGAAACUCCAUGUUUUGAAGCUUACUAAAAAUAUAGAUGACUUAAAACUUCAAUUGGUUAAAGACAAGCAACGAAACAAAAUGCAGCCGGCUGAUGAAUCAAGUAACCUGGUCCGAGAUGAGGUGAAUGGGAUACAAUCAGCUGAAAGUUUGAGCCUUGAUGCUGAAGUCAAAUCUGGUUCUCUCUCUUUUCCUACAACUUCCCAUGAAGAGAUGUCCAAUGGAAUGAACUCUUCUGCUGCUGUUGGCGCUCAGCACGAUGUCUCUGAUGAGGAGGAAGUGGAGUCAUCAGCUAAAUCAGACAAAAAUGGAUUGGAACCAUCAGUUCCAGUUAUAGCAGAUAAGGGACUGAACGAGAUGCCCUCUAGAACUAUUAUUCUUUCCAAUAGAGAGAGGCUACUUCUACGGAAGCAAGCUCUCAAGAUGAAAAAGCGUCCUGUCCUUGCAGUAGGGAGAAACAACAUUGUAAGCGGUGUUGCAAAAGCAAUCAACGCACACUUCCAAAAGUAUCCUCUUGCUAUUGUGAAUGUGAAAGGCAGAGCAAAAGGCACUUCAGUCCAAGAAGUGGUUUUUAUGCUAGAGCAAGCAACAGGUGCAGUUCUAGUCUCUCAAGAGCCUAGCAAAGUUAUACUUUACCGGGGUUGGGGCGCAGGAGAGAGUUCUGACCACUCGGUUAAGAAGAACACGACUGAUGCAAGGAGAAAACUUGAGAGUCAGCCCCCCGCUGUGUCUCCUGAGCUCUUGGAUGCCAUCAGAACUGAAUGUGGGCUACAGAAUCAACCAAAGGGAGACUCAACUCCAUAGGUACGACAUAAGCUUGGGACAAAAGCAUUGCUUCGAAUGUUGAGGCGGCCUAGUUUGUCACAGGCCAUAGUUCGCCGUUAAAGAUUACGUGGACGACGUUCCUCCUGUCAAACACUAACAGAACUGGGAGGUAAAUCUUUGAAAACGUCGACGCCCUGUUUGUGGUCGUUCAAUUGUAUCGGAUCAUACAGGUUGUCUGCUGACUGAUUCUAUGCCGGGAGAAGCGAUAAAUGCGCCGGCGAUUUCCUGCUUUUAUGACCACCACCAACCCUCUGAGCAUACAAUGAACUACAUCUUUGGUUAAGAUUUAAGUGAUGGUCAUAACCAAUCAUCCACCACAUUUCAUAUCAGCAAAUAAACGAGUAGCCUAAUAAUUGUAU